CUGAUGCACUCGCAGCAUACUGAGCCUGGCUGUUUUUGUUUUUUCUCUCUCUCUCUCUCUCUCUCUCCAUCUUCGCUCUCCUGUUUAUCUCUGGUUCAUUCAUUCAUCGGAGGGGUGGAUCGCACUGUCCGCCCCUCAGAAACUUCCUGACGGAGCCGAAAAACCUCCCGCCGGCUUCCCCCCCCCCCCUGUGAGCAGCCGAGAGGAGUGACGGAGAGUUUUCAGAGCGCUCGGGCUGUUCUUCUGCGAGGAUCAGGAGAGGGAUGGUGUGAUUCUGUAAAGAGAGGAAGAGAGAGGAAGAGGGAGACGCUCCGGCAGCAUCACCGAACCCCUUCUCUGUCUGGCUCUCCCCAAUAACACGCACCUUCAGUCAAGACAGGUUUUUUUUGGAGGGUGGGCGGGGGGGGGGGCUCAGCAACCAAGAAACAUGUCACAGACUAGGAGGAGCACAUACACCCGGACCACCAGCAGCGGCAGCAGCAGGAUGAGCUCGGACGGGGGCGGCCGGCCCGUCAAGGUGGGCUCCCUGGUGGAGGUGAUCGGGAAGGGGCAGCGCGGCACGGUGGCGUACAUCGGCACCACGCUGUUCGCCUCCGGGAAAUGGGUGGGAGUCAUCCUGGACGAGGCCAAGGGCAAGAACGACGGCACGGUGCAGGGCAAGCGCUACUUCACCUGCGAGGAGAAUCAUGGGAUUUUUGUGAGACAGUCACAGAUCCAGCUGGUUGAUGAUGGAGCAGACACCACUUCCCCAGAGACACCUGAGCCCGGCACCGGCAAGGUUCUCAAACGAGAGAUCCUGGAGACGCCCAAGUCCACCAAACUGCGAGGAGUGAAGCCCAAAAAGGUGCUGCAUGUUUCUCUAACCUCGACUCCUGCACCCCGGAAGACCACGGCCAGAAGGCCCAAGCAGCCCAGCCGAGCUGCAGGCACCGGUGGGAAGGGGGCUGCGUCCGGCUCGGCCUCGGCCUCCGCCGGAGAGAUGAGCAGCAGCGAGCCCAGCACCCCGGCCCAGACCCCGCUGGCUGCUCCGGUGAUCCCCACCCUCCACUCCCCUGGAAAACCUCCGGCCCCCGUCCCCAGCAAGGAGGACGUCACUAUGGAAACACAGGAGGAGGAGGCUCUCCGCGCCCAGGUGAAGGACCUGGAGGAGAAGCUGGAGACGCUGAAGAUGAAGCGGACGGAGGACAAAGCAAAGCUGAAGGAGCUGGAGAAGCACAAGAUCCAGCUGGAGCAGCUGCAGGAGUGGAAGAACAAGAUGCAGGAGCAGCAGGCCGAGCUGCAGAAACAACUCAAAGAGGCCAAGAGGGAGGCUAAAGAAGCUCUGGAGGCGAAGGAGCACUACAUGGAGGAGAUGUCGGACACGGCGGAUGCGAUCGAGAUGGCCACGCUGGAUAAGGAGAUGGCCGAGGAGAGAGCUGAGUCUCUGCAGCUGGAGGUCGACUCCCUCAAGGAGAAAGUGGACGAGCUCACCAUGGACCUGGAGAUCCUCAAGCACGAGAUCGAGGAGAAAGGUUCGGACGGAGCUGCCUCCAGUUAUCAUGUGAAACAGCUGGAAGAGCAGAACGGCAGGCUGAAGGAAGCGCUGGUCAGGAUGCGAGAUCUGUCGGCGUCAGAGAAGCAGGAGCACGUGAAGCUGCAGAAGCAGAUGGAGAAGAAGAACGUGGAGCUGGACUCUCUGAGGAGCCAGAAAGAGAAGCUGCAGGAGGAGAUGACGGUGGCAGAGAAGACCAUCGACGAGCUGAAGGAGCAGGUGGAUGCAGCCUUGGGGGCGGAGGAGAUGGUGGAGACUCUCACAGAAAGAAACCUGGACCUGGAGGAGAAAGUCAGGGAGCUGAGAGAGACGGUCGCCGACCUGGAAGCCAUCAACGAGAUGAACGACGAGCUGCAGGAGAACGCCAGAGAGACGGAGCUGGAGCUGAGGGAGAUGUUGGAUCUGGGCGCAGCCAGAGUCCGAGAGUCUGAAAAACGAGUUGAAGCUGCUCAGGAGACUGUCGCCGAUUACCAGCAGACCAUCAAGAAGUACCGCGAGCUCACCGCUCACCUGCAGGAGGUGAACAGAGAGCUGACCAGCCAACAGGAAGCUUCAGCUGAGCAGCAGCAGCAGCAGCCGCCGGCAGAGAUGUUUGAUUUCAAGAUUAAGUUUGCAGAGACGAAGGCUUACGCCAAGGCCAUUGAGAUGGAGCUGAGGAAGAUGGAGGUGGGUCAGGCCAACAGACACGUUUCUCUUCUGACCUCCUUCAUGCCCGAGUCCUUCCUUCGCCACGGAGGAGACCACGACUGCAUCCUGGUGCUGCUGCUCAUCCCCAGGCUCAUCUGCAAGGCCGAGCUGAUCAGCAAACAGGCCCAGGAGAAGUUUGACCUGAAUGAGAACUGUGUGGAGCGAACCGGACUGAGAGGAGCUGUCGGGGAGCAGCUGAGCUUCGCCGCUGGCUUGGUUUAUUCACUCAGUCUGCUGCAGGCCACGCUGCACAAAUACGAGCAGGCUCUGGCUCAGUGCAGUGUGGAUGUGUAUAAGAAGAUCGGCUCUCUGUACCCGGAGAUGAGCGUCCAUGAGCGAUCGCUGGACUUCCUCAUCGACAUGCUGCACAAAGACCAGCUGGACGAGACCGUCAACGUGGAGCCGCUCACCAAGGCCAUUAAAUACUAUCAGCACCUGUACAGUAUCCAUCUGGCAGAUCAGAAUGAGGACUGCACCAUGCAGCUCGCUGAUCACAUCAGAUUUACCCAAAGUGCCUUGGACUGCAUGGCGGUGGAGGUGGGUCGCCUGCGGGCGUUCCUGCAUGCGGGUCAGGAGAAGGCCGACCUCGCUGUGCUGCUCAAAGACCUGGAGACGUCCUGCAGCGACAUCCGGCAGUUCUGCAAGAAGAUCCGCCGCAGGAUGCCGGGAACCGACGCACCCGGCAUCCCCUCGGCGCUCAACUUUGGCCAACAGGUGUCAGACACCCUGUCAGACUGCAGGAAACACCUCACCUGGGUGGUGGCGGUGCUGCAGGAAGUGGCAGCAGCCGGAGCUCAGAUGAUGUCGCCCCUCGGUGAGCAGGAGGGGCUGUCGGCCGUCAAACUGGAGGAUGUGGCGUUCAAGGCAGGAGAACAGAUCUAUGGAUCUCAGGGCGCCAACCCCUACGAGUAUCUGCGACAGUCCUGUGGCAUCGUCAUCGCCACCAUGAAUAAGAUGGCCACCGCUAUGCAGGAGGGAGAGUACGACUCAGAGAAGCCGCAGAACAAGAACCCUCCACCCGUCGACGUGCGAGCGGCGGCUCUUCGUGCAGAAAUCACGGAUGCAGAAGGUCUCGGCAUGAAGCUGGAGGACAGAGAGACUGUCAUCAAAGAGCUGAAGAAGUCUCUCAAGAUCAAGGGGGAGGAGCUGAGCGAGGCGAACGUGCGUCUCAGUCUGCUGGAGAAGAAACUCGACAGUUCGUCCAAAGACGCAGACGAACGUGUUGAGAAGAUUCAGACUCGACUGGACGAGGCUCAGACUCUGCUGAAGAAGAAGGAGAAGGAGUUUGAGGAGACGAUGGACGCUCUGCAGGCCGACAUCGACCAGCUGGAGUCGGAGAAGGCCGAGCUGAAGCAGCGGAUCAACAGCCAAUCGAAGAUGACCAUCGACGGGCUGAGAGGAACCGGCCCGUCAGGAAUCGCUUCCAUCGUCACAGGAAUGACAGGAGCGAACAUGAUGCCCGGUGUCGGUUCAGCUUCAGGUGUGCAGGUGAUCGACUCUCCUCUGCUGACUCAGCAGAUCGAAGCUCAGAGACUCUGCAUCAAACACCUGAAGAACGAGAACAACAGGCUGAAGGCUGAGAAGAUGCGCGCUCAGCUCGCCUCCCUGCCUCCUCUGCAUGUCACCAAACUUCCCUCCAGAGAUGGAGGACGUCCAGAAGUGCUCUCUAGCGCCCUCUACCGCAAGACUGACCAGCUCCUGGAGACUCUGCUGCAGAUGAGUGCCAACGUCAAGGUGGUGGACAUCACCGGGAAAUCUCCAGUGACACCUGGUGCUCAGCUGCUGGAACAAACAGCUAGACUACAAUCCCUGAGUGACACUCUGGACAGACUGAAGGACGAAGUAGCAGAACAUGUCGUCAACCAGCAGCCCGGAGCUCGAGUCUCGUCCGACUUCGCCACGUUCCCUUCGACAUCGUUUGUAAAGGUGAAGGAGGAGAAGCAGGGCGACACGAUGCUGGUGGGUCGCGUCAUGGUGCCGUGUCCCCGCGGUCAGGAGCAGGUCCACCGCCUCGUCCUGUCACAGUGUCAGCUGCAGAGAGUUCACAGUCUGCUGCGGACCUAAACUUCACCUGCCCUGCAAUCCUGCCUGCUGCACCAACACACCACCACCACCACUACCACCACCCCACCAUCAGCUUCGUCUCCACUCCCGAGCCAGAACAAGUGAAACCAGGAGGUAUUCAAAGUCACUAGUGGUGAGAUUUCAAGCUGCAGGAAAUGAUCUUCCUCCUCUUUGAAAUGCACUUUGUUAACAGUCAGGGCCGUAGUCGAGUAGUAGAGACCAGUCUCAGGGUCACUCUAGGACAUUUAGGAUUUACUUCUCUGCUACUGUUUGCCAUGUGACAGUAAACUCAAUAUCUUUGGAAAGAAGAAGAAAUCUUAUACACAUAUAUAUUUCCUAACAUUUUAUCAACAAAACACUUGAUCGGGAUAUUAAUAAAAGAGAUUAAUUCUUAAUAAAAACAAUCACUAAUUGUAGACCUGACUACAAUAGUUUCUGAAAAUUUUAAAGCAAAAUACCCUUAAACAAGGAAAGCAUCUCCUUUCCUGAUAUGGUUGAUUUUUUUUUUUUGUGCCAUGAUCUCAAAACAAUAUCAAGUUUUUGUAGUGACUUGUUUUAGACUGCCGUGCUCUUGACUACAGCCCUGCAUACUGUAAGUUAUAGAUAUAUUUGAGUGUGAAUGCUGUUUUAUGGCCAGAAGUAGUAGAGGUACCUGUAACUGCUGCAUGCUGCCCGGAUUCACUGAAAACUUUCUUGUCGCUGUUGAGUAUUUAUCAGCUGUUGUUUUUGGCUCUGGUGUGGAACCUGCAGCUGAAACACUGGAUGUCGCUCCAUGUUUCUGUGUUAAAAUGUUGGCGCUACUGUUAAUGCUACACAGGAUACCAAGGAUCAUGAUUGUGUGUUGUAAAUCUUAAUCAGGUGUCACUGUUGUGUACUGCAUUUUUAUAACUUGACUGUCUAAAGGGAAAGAGAGAUUAUAAAAAAAAACAAACUUUAAUGAUUAAGAAAAAAUAUAGUUGUCCAUUUAAAGUAGUGGGCAUUUUACUGUCAUUUGAUCAAAGAGACUUUUUGCAUAUUUAACAGGUUUUGAUUGACAGACGAAACCACAGAGGAGAACAAAGUCCUGCACAUUAGCUUCACUUGGAUUGAAGUUACAUGCAAGAAAACGACAGUGUGUGUUCAGGGUUUUGUACUUUCCUCUGUGGUUUCAUUAAAAACCCUGUGGACUGCACAGAAAGAGACAAGCUGAUUAAUCUCGAGGGAAUUUACUGUGUAAAAUGCGACUGAAAUUCUUUUGCAGAUUUAUCAUGUUUAUUUAAAAACAGCUUGACUGCACUUUAGUCAGAUGGAGCAUUAUAUUGGUUUAAAUUAUUUAGUAUUUAUUAAUUGUGUGGUGUAAGUUGUUAAUGUCUACUUUUACAUGCUUGGUAUAGACGACACCGGUUGUAUUGGUAAAGCUACUGAAUUACAAAAAUCCAAACGACUGUAUUAACUGUGUUCUGAUGAGUUUCCUGUUGCUGUUUCAGACUUAAACUUUGUCCGAGCCUUAAACCUGCAGAGAGCCUUGUGGUAAAGAGCGGUCACCUGCCUUAUUUUUCAUUUGUUUCAACCAAACCUCGUUUAAAGCAAAACUACAUCUUUGCCAAAGAGUCUUUGUUUCUCUUCACCACGUUUGCCAUCGCUGAUUUUAAGGCUUUUGGUUUUAUCAAUCCAUGCUAAUUGUUUUAUUUAAUGAUUUGUUAGAGUAUUUAUGUUUACAGAGUACUGUCCUAACUUGAAGUUUUAUUUUGUAGUUAAAUUAAUGGGCAUAGUGCAUCUACAUAACUGUAGUUUGAGAGGGAAAAUGCAGACAUUUCUUAUUUAUUCAUUGUGUUUAUCUGUGCUCUGAGUGAGCAGCUGACGUACUGAAUCUGCAGCUAACUUGUCUUACCUUCUCCUCGUGUGGCUUCCUGCUCUUGCACAACCGAUAACUGAUCAAUAAAGACAUUUAAGCCAGUG